GUACGGCGUUCGUGCGUUUUCGUUCUGGUUCGUUUGAGUUCGUCGGUUUGGCGCUGGCCGCGCACCUCGGUUCGGAGUUUCAAGCUGCGUGGAUAAGCUGGUAUACGCGAACCAACUGAACGGCAACUGGCUUCUUCACUGAAUGGGUGCCACGUUCGAUGGUUUAUUCGAAAAUUAUUAAUCGCAUUAACAUAUCAUGAUAUUAACGGUGCCGUUGGAGGUCCUUCGAAUUCUCGAAUAUCACGAAUAAAUAACGAAUUAUCGCAAAUAAACGUUGUUACGACGACAUCGGACGAUACCUCGUACUAUCGACUUGCACGUACUAUAAUUCGUCGCGGAUAUUUCUUCUCCUAUUUAUUUGUUCAUUCUUUGUUUUUGUUCCUUUGGUUUUUCAAUCGUUCGCUACAUUUUGUAUUCUAUUCUCGUAUCGUACGUAUGAAAGUGUACAUUGAACGCGCACGGUUUACGAGGUGAUGGUGAAUCGCAGCCAGUUGUUGUAACCACGUUAUCCGGUCUUCCAAAUAAUUAAACAAUCCACCUUCGAGAACCGUGACAAACGUAAUAUAAUCACGCUAAAUAUGCCUAAAUAAUGAAGUUCGUCGAUCAGUGAUUAUUUUAAAACAGUGUAUUUUCUUGUUUUUUUUUUUUUUUCUUUUUUUUCUAUAUUCUUGUUUCGGAGGUAUUGUUCAUUUAUUUGAAAUAGAAGCAGUGUUCGUUCGACGAUUAACAAUCUCUGAUAUUGGAAUGAUAUUUCAGACGUCUGUAGUUGUGCGCGGAUAUAAUAAUUAAAAUCGACCGAAGGAAGAGCGAUGGUGUUUUAAAAAAAAAAAUGCAAUAUUGUUGAAUAUCAUUCUCGUGAUAGAUCAACCGCCUUACGAGAUCGUCGAGCCGCUGCUGGUCGUCUUAAGAUCGUUGUGGCAAGUGACACUAUGGAUAGCGGAGUGUUAUAGCGCUGGCGAAGGGAAAAUUGGUGUAGUAGGCGGAGCCUAAGGUCGUCGGGGACACGUGACAGGGAAACUGUCACGCCGCCCUUUCUCCCUACCACCUCGACCCCCCUCUUCCCCACUUAUUUUGUACCCCUCUGCGCCCCACCCCAAAAUUUGUGCGGUUCGGAGGCCAAGUGACGUCAUUAUAAUAUGGGCAAAAGAAAAUGGAAAUGAAAAAAUAAAAAAUCUCAUUUUUUUCCCCAUUCAGUUGCGUUAAUCAUUUAUCCCGACGUACCAUCGCAAACGUGAUUACAACGAAGUGAAACCAUUUCGGAUAUUUUCCCGUUAUGUUCGACGCUGAAAUAUGUUGGAAGUGGCUUUCGACGACGGGGUGAAUAACGCAAACGACAAUGCGACGAGGCACCGAUUGAAUAAUUGUGCGAUGUGGUUUUUUAAUUUUUAAUUAAAAUUCUGGUGAACUGAACGUGUGCGAGGGGAGAACAUAAGAGUGAAGAUGCAGCAGGGAAGCGUCGGGUGUUACGAAUCUCAGGUACCGGUUAACCUGGAGAAAAAGAUUCGUGUUAAGGACAGCACAGAGUUGAAGGAUAAUCAGCAGGAUGAGGUUAUUAACGUUAAAACGGUCGAAAAAGGCGCAGCUGGUGGGGAAGAUCGUGACAAUUUGGUUGUUGGUAAAACUAUCGUCGACUCGGUGCAGCCGGUUAGAAAUAAUAAUCAGAAUAAUCUCGGGAUCGGUGUAACUACGGAGAAUAAUGAUCCGGAAGUUAAAGUGAAAAUGGAGAUUCAAGAGACCCCGGAUGGAUUAGCCGGAGAUCAGACGCAUAAUCAUCAUCAUCAUCAUCAUCAACACAAUCAUCAUCAUCGUCAUCACCAUCAUAGCGUUAAAAAAGAAACUGUGAUAAAAGAGGGGUGUUCGGAGGCGAAGGCGGAAUCGACGACGAACAAACCCGAUCAAUUGUCGCCUCCGUCUUCUUCGUCCGCCGUUUCGAUCGGGCACAGAAACGCGCCGACGAACGUCAACCAUCACAACGAACCUUCGAUUCCGUCGUCACAGAAACCGGUCGGAAGUGAUUUUUUGAAACCUUCGUCGCAGUACCAUCCGCAGCAUCCACCGGGGUACCAUCAUCCCGGCGCGUUUCCCGGUAUGGGGGGUGGGAAGAUGGGGACGUUCAACUUUCAAAAUUUUUACGCCGCUUCCACGCCCUUUCAAAUACACGGACAGCACAAUUCGCCCGGUAUUCAACAUCACCCGGCCAACAAAGUUAGCGGCGGCGGCGUUCACCACGGCCACGUACAAAAUACCCACCGACAUCAACACCCCGUAACCAAUUCCGCGACGAACAGCGGUAGCUUCAGGGGACGACCACCCCUCCAAUCGAAUAACGAGAAUUAUCUCCAUCACCGUUUCAACAAUAAUUUCCAUCACCUCGCGACCCCGAAAUUGCCGCAACAUCAACCGACGGGUUCUUCUUACGCCUCGUCGGUGCCACCUACGCCGACAGGGGCCACGGUGUCGAAUUACUCGGGUUAUCAAACGACGGUUUCCAGCAAUUCGUCGUCGUUACAAUUAACCGCGCAACAAAAUUGCAACGCUGCACCCGCUACGAUUCAGGCUUACAAUAAUCAUCAGAAUAAUAACUACAGGACUCAUUACCCGAGACAUAGGAAAUGGAACAAUCCCACCGGACUCAGAGGAUUGCAUCCUCCACCUAUGCCUUGGCCGACGUGGUUUUUUCGUCCUGAAAUCCCACCGAUCUCAUCUGCCUCGGUGACAACUAACGUGUCGAAUUCGUUAAACGGUCCAAUCUCGUCAUCGUUGACGCCAAGAAUCCAUCCAGAAGUUACGAAAGCCCAAGAUACGCCCAAGGACGGGAGCAAAGUUCACGGACAAACGCCUACGAUCUGCACGUCAAUCAGGUGUACGGUGAAUGGAUGUUCCUGCGAUUCCUUCACCCCCGGAAAACGUCAUUUAAGAUACUGCGACAAAUGUCAUCACGGAUGGGUUCCUCACGCGCUGGCGCGACUGUCAAGUAGCAACGGCGUCGCUGGUAGUGGCACCGGAGUUGGUGGGGAUGUCGCCUCCAACCCCCUACCGUGUGGUAGGGAUGAAAACGGCGCGGUAGGGAGGGUAGGUAGAAUAGGUGGUGGGGAGGAGCGGAGCGCUGAACAGGAGGUGGAGAAGUCACGCAGUCCAGAGAGUGUCGAGCCGACGGCCGCGUUUGACGUCGCAUCUCUUGUACUCUAUGGAUCGCGCGCGUUACCAAUAAGACUUAAAAUUUUACUCGAUCAAUUGUUUAAUCAACUACCGCAUCCGCAAGUAACUAGACUACUUGCCGCAUUCGGUUGGACCAACGAGGAUUACAGUAGAGGAUACAUACUGCAGGACUCGCAGAACGGCCCGGUUCUGGACCGAUGGAGUAUAUGCUCGGCUGAGGAGGAGCCGCUGGUCCUUCAGCAGUUCCUCAGAUUCGCCGAGACGCGUCCCUUCGUCCAGCAACUUUUGUUGGCAGCGGGAACGCCGGGAUCGGAUGCUAUGUCCCCGAGUCGACGACCCUCGCCGCCAACAAUGCCUCUCGCCCAUUUACCUCCCCCUCUUCAUCUCCUGCAUUGCGGUCUUCCGCCUCCCGGUUCGCGGCUACCACAUCCUCCGGUUCCGCCGGUAUCGCACCCUUCGAUGUCGCCAAGUUCCGCGCAGAAACACGUGUACAACCCUAUAACGGGUUCGUCGAACGCCCCUACAACGCCGACGACGAUCGGUGGAAAUAACUCACCGCCAAGAACGACCAUAGAAAAUUCUCAUCUCACCGUAUCGCCGUUGAACAGGCUACAGAGCAUGCAGCCGUUCGAUUUCCGGAAACUCGGUGCCCUCGGUCUGCCUGGAUUUCCACCUCUGCCACCUCCACCUCCGGCGGAUAUUCUUCUAGGUUCGCGAAAGUCGAUGAGACAUUCGCAAAGUUGUUAUAGUCCACCUCAUCAUUUAUCGAAUUCACAACUGAGGCCACCGGUACCCACGAUGCCUCCGGUAUCUUCGGCAGCUUUAAAUUUUAGUCAUUCGUUAGCGGCAGCCGUGUCAUCUGGGACGUUGCCGCCAAACUUUCCUAACCAUUUUCCUCCACCUCCGAUCAUUGGAAAACCAAACAGCGGAGGUAUGCAGACGACGACCAAUCCGGUCGACAUGCACAGCAGCGGCGAGAAGAGCAGCGAUUUCGGAUCGGAGGACGACGAAGACGACGAUGAAAAUUCCGGAAGCGCGCUCAACCUCAGCAGAAGAGAUUCCAUGAAACACGAUCACCAUCACAAUCACCAUCAUCACAAUCACAACCACCAUCACCAUCAUCAUCAGAUGUCCAUGCAACCGGCACCUCUUGGCAGGCCACCCGGUGUUCCGGGAAGAAAACCGCACUCUCCGGGUAAACGUCAACAGUGGGGAACAUCGCCGAAUCUACCCUUGAAUUUGGGUACUCAGUUCAUAAACCCCGCCACAGGCAAGAAGAGGGUGCAGUGCAACGUGUGUCUUAAAACAUUUUGCGAUAAGGGAGCGCUGAAAAUUCACUUCAGCGCCGUUCACCUCAGAGAAAUGCACAAGUGUACCGUCGAAGGAUGCAACAUGAUGUUCAGUUCGCGGAGAUCCAGGAAUCGGCACAGUGCGAAUCCCAAUCCGAAACUUCAUUCGCCCCAUUUAAGAAGAAAGAUAUCACCUCACGACGGACGGUCCUCGAUGGCGCAUGCCCUCGUACUUCCGCCACAAGUCGGACUUCCUGUUCCUGCCACUGGACUCAAUCCUUUAUCAUUUGGGUCUUUUCCCCUUUUAACACCUCCGCCGGAUCUUAGACACUCCACGUCGCUCGCUGCGUUAGAUUUUAAGCAUCUCGAUCUAUCGUCGACGCAAAAUAACAGAGGGUACGAAGAAUUCCAACAAAGGAGAACUUCGUCGAAUACUACCGCUAGUAUGUCACCACCCGCACCACCUACUAUUCCCGAGGGGGAGGAGGACGACGACGAUGACGAUGGUAUCGUGGUAGUAGCUGAGGAUGAAAAUCAACUUCAACCACAGAGGGAAGAUCACGAGGAUCGGGAAGACCAACCUGCAGACUUCAGCCUUGCCAAAAGGGCUAGGAUGUCGGUGAGCGACUUGGACGACGAUUUGGCGAGCAAUGGCGACAGUAACGAAGAGGACUCCAUGAGCACAACUGACCAGCAAUCGUCGUCCGUUCGUAAAAAUUCAUUAAAUUCAAAUCUCAUACACCUCGGACGCGGGGUCAGAAAGAGGAAGUCACAGAAUCCUACGAGAUGCGCGAUGCCGGCUGAGAUUCACUCGUCUUCGACCGAUGGGGACUCGUCGAACGACGCCAUUUUCCAGGACCAACCCGAAGACAUGUCCAUGUCUCGACUGCAAGAAGUUGAGGAAGGGAAAACCGAAUCACCGUCUCCAAAGAAUUUAGUAUCUUCGAGGGAGAGUAGAUCGAAUUCCGGUUCGCCGGAAACCAGUUGCACCGGAGAAAGAGAACCGGAAACUGAACCAAUCGAUGCAGUACCUGUAAAUUCGAGUUCGUCGAAUAACGGAGCGGCGGGAACGCCCGCGGGGGUUCUCAAAGUUGAGGAAGAACCACUCCAGGAGGAACCUAGGGAUCUCAGUUCAAGGGCGAGUAGUGGACGAAGGUCACCCGCGAUUAGGCAACGGACAGUAACUCCCGAACCAAAAACCGUAUCCCCAUCUACACCACCUCCCGAAAUAUCCUCACCAGGUCCAGGACAUGGCGACACGUCCCUGAAGGAGGAGAAACGGGAUGAUCCUGAUGAUGAUGAUCGCGACGAGCUGGAGGACGACGAUGACGAGGACGAACGACCAAUGCAAGAAGGUGAGCGUCCCGAUGAUCCCCCCCGUGCCCCGAGCUCGGUCGAUAGCAGCCACCUGACUACUGCCGACGACCUCUCGCUCGACUCCUCGAAUGCUUUGCGUCAACUCGAGUCAUUGUCGCAGGGUCGAAUGCUGUUCGGAACGCUGGAGGCUUCGAGGUCUGGCCGAAUCUCUACCAGCCCAACCUGUACCCUAACGAUGGACCAUAUCGAGCUGCACUCGAACCGGCUGGACCGAUUGGACCAAAUGGAGCUAAUGGACCAAAUGGACACCUUCUCUCAUGGCUCACGCUCAUCCAGCGCCUCGCCCUCCACAACGGGCAUGGACACGGACAAUAGCCUUAUAACGUACGCCCGUUACGAGAACGGUGGUUUCGUAAGCACUCAGGAGGUCCCUCUGGACCGCGACAACCCUAGACGUUGUACCGCAUGCGGGAAGGUCUUCCAGAACCACUUCGGUGUUAAGACUCAUUAUCAAAAUGUCCAUCUAAAGUUGAUGCACCGUUGCAGCGUAGACGGUUGCAACGCAGCCUUUCCAUCGAAAAGAUCGCGUGAUCGUCAUUCCGCGAAUUUGAAUUUACACCGAAAGUUAUUGUCCACAUCGUCGAGUCCACCGCUCGCUAAUCUACCCUCGGUCGCUAGUCUCCCUCCUCAUCUCGAAGAGCCUCAGUUGAAUCCCGCUCUUUUGCACAACGAAUUUUUCGCACGUCUUUACGCGGAUGCCGGUAUCGGUGCUCUCGGUACACCCUAUCCUCUCCCUCCGGGGGUUCCAGCGCCGGUCGGCGUCGAUUUAGCCGCUAGAAUUCCACCCCCUCAUCCCCUUCUUUUACCACCCCAUCUCGGCACGUUUCCGGGGCUUUCAUCCUUCGCAACUCACCUUGCGGGAUUGAACGGCCUCACACAACACCAUUUGAACCAUCUGACCAGGAUAUCCCAAGAACGAAGUAUAAAUCCUCAGAACAUUUCGCCUCGUUCGGGGUCUCCGGUUUCUUCUUCGCCGAAUCCCGAUCACGAAUCUGGAUUACAACGUCAAACCGUACAAAUUUGUAAAGAGGAAACGGCUAGGUGCAUGAUUCCCGGUUGUGAUCGCGUUUUUAAUUCAAAAGCGGUUCGUGACGCCCAUUCUCGCGACCCUCAAGCACACCGUGAUCUACCCCCCGUCCUUUCUACGAACACCUCGUGACCGAUGUCAUGGUAUCACGCUCUGAGACAACGUAAUUACCCCUUGCUGUGAUGCCAAAAUUUUUAAUCUUAUAUAAUAUUGAAUAUAUACACAUGGAAACAUGGAACAUGGAUAUAGAAAAAAAAACAGAAAAAAACGAACAAAACGCAAGCAACAAAAUAUCGAGAUACAUGAUCAUACGCUCACUCACCCUACGUGCGAUUUA